UUCCACAACCUUGUUUGUUUUGCUUUGCAGCCUCCACGCAACCCCACACAAAUGCAGCAGCAGGAGUAGCAUGCGCCCCCACUCAUGUCUUGCCUUUCGCAUCCUGGUGGCUCCGUUCUACUAUAACAAUCCCUAAUCCAUUGUACAUGCCUUUGCUCUCUCCCCACUCCACUCUUCUUCCCCCUCACAGCCGGCCGGCCAGCAGCAGCGCCAUGGCCUCCUAGUCCUAGCAUGCAGAGCAUUUAAUAGCCAUUAGAGUCAGUGCCUCCAUGCUCAGCGCCUUGAUGCCGAUGUGCUGCUCAUGUGAUUCUGGUGUGCUCCGUCAUGCCUGCCUCUCCUUUUGAAGGGAGAAGGGAAAGGGGCUUGUGAUUUUGCAGCUGUUCAAGAUGCCAUUCGGUGUAAACUCAAUUUAGCAGUGAUUAGUCUCCAACAUGUUUGGAUAAAGUGGAGUAAGAUUUGGGUGUUCGCUCAUUGACUAGUUUUGCGUUCGCCUGAGUCUUUCUGACCAACAUGUCGGUGGAGGCUGCGAAGCAGAAUGUUCCUGGGCACUAUGCCCAACCAGCUGCUGAUCACACAGCUGAUCCAGUUCCUGCAAAGGCAAACAAGACAGGUAAGGAGAUUAUAGAGGAGCAAAAGCAGUCGUCUGCAUCUAUGUUGGACAAGGGUCCUUCCAGCGUUUGCUCAGACUCCGGUGUCCUGGAUGGGCCGCUAACUCCGGAGGGAUAUUCUGGGGAGCUGAAACAGAUCCAAAACUUGGAUUGCAAAGGUAAUCAGGAAAAUAAGACAUCGCAAAAGAGCAGCACAAGUGAGAGCUUUGCCACCGCCAAAUUGAGCGAUGGGACGAAUAGUCUGAGGAAGACCAGCGGAAGUGCUAAGAUCAGCGACCGAGCUGAUUUUGUGGGGAGUGGAAAGAGCAGCAUGUGCCGCCCGAGCACGAGCAGUAAUGUUAGUGAUGAGAGCUCGUGCAGCAGCAUGAGCAGCAGCACAACGAAACCACACAAAGGGAGUGACUCUAGGUGGGAAGCGAUCCGAGUGAUCAGAUCGAGGGAUGGCAUUCUUGGCUUGAGCCAUUUUAGGCUGCUUAAGAAGCUGGGCUGUGGUGAUAUUGGCAGCGUAUACCUCUCGGAACUGAGUGGUACGAAGAGUUAUUUUGCUAUGAAGGUCAUGGACAAAGGGUCUUUAGCGAGUAGGAAGAAGCUUCUUCGAGCACAGACCGAGCGGGAGAUAUUGCAAUCUCUGGAUCACCCGUUUCUCCCAACACUGUAUACCCACUUUGGGACAGAUAAAUUCUCAUGUUUGGUGAUGGAGUUCUGCCCAGGAGGAGACCUGCACACUCUUCGACAACGGCAGCCUGGAAAACGUUUUUCAGAGCAAGCAGCUAAGUUCUAUGUCGCAGAGGUUCUCCUCGCGCUGGAAUACCUGCAUAUGCUUGGGAUUAUAUACCGUGAUCUGAAACCAGAAAAUGUUCUUGUUCGGGAGGAUGGGCAUAUCAUGCUGUCUGAUUUUGACCUCUCCCUUCGUUGCACUGUAAGCCCUACUGUUGUCCAGUCUGCCAAUCCUGGACCAGAUGCACUUCAGAGAAACAACCAAGCGUACUGUGUUCAGCCUGCUUGUAUAGAACCAUCCUGCAUCCAGCCUUCAUGUGUUGCUCCAGCCACUUGUUUUGGCCCCCGGUUUUUCUCCUCCAAGUCCAAGUCCAAGAAGGAGAAGAACCCGAAGCCGAAGCAUGAGAUUGUCAACCAAGUUAGCCCACUGCCUGAACUCAUAGCAGAGCCGACUGAUGCUCGCUCCAUGUCCUUUGUUGGCACCCAUGAGUACUUGGCUCCAGAAAUAAUCAAGGGAGAGGGUCAUGGCAGUGCUGUGGAUUGGUGGACCUUUGGCAUAUUCCUGUAUGAACUCCUGUUUGGUAAGACCCCUUUCAAGGGUUCAGGAAACCGGGCAACGCUUUUCAAUGUUGUCGGUCAGUCCCUGCGGUUCCCAGAAUCCCCGAUUGUUAGCUUCUCAGCGAGGGACUUGAUAAGAGGAUUGCUGGUCAAGGAUCCACAGCAUCGUCUUGGAUACAAACGAGGCGCUACUGAGAUAAAGCAGCACCCAUUCUUCGAAGGUGUCAAUUGGGCGCUGAUCCGGUGUGCAAGCCCUCCUGAUGUACCAAAGCCUGUCGAGCUGGAGCGCCCACCGAAGCCGGCACCAGCUAAUGAUAAAGUUGCCACAGCUACCAAUCAGAAGGGUUCAGAUAAUUAUCUAGAGUUUGAGUUCUUUUAGGGUUGUUUUUUUCUUUCAGUUUCUUAUCAGGAAAUUGAAUGCAAGCUGGUGUAUGAAAGGAGGAAGAUGUUCAGUUCGCAGGCGCAUACUGUGUUGACUGUUGUUCGGUUGUAGGUUGUAGCUCUAUUUUGAGCAGCUCUUGUUGUUUUCUAUCGAACUGCUAUAAGAUGUAAUUUCUACUGGGUCCAUGUUGCAAUUUUUUAGAAAAUCUUGUGGUGCUUAAAGGAUGCAGGGCAAUUUGUUCGCCCUGGCAUUCUAACUUGUGCUUCCUGUUGAUUUGACAUAAAUUGCAACUGAAGUUUAUUUCUUGAUCAUGUCUGGUACUGCAGAACCACUUAACAGUUCUUGUUUUCUUUUAAUCUUUUACGUGGAUCAUGUUUGUUUCA